UUUAAAAAUCGAUUAAACAACUUUAUACAUAUUUAUUUAACAUGAUUUAAAGUAUCCAGAAUUUUCCUCGUGUCUCCACCUCCCUUUUGAAAGGUUUCAGCACAAUUAUCCCCGUUAACCGGCUCACAUGAGUUAAUCCAGCAUUCACGGCUUACUACACCCAAGACCUGCGGUCACGCGAGGAUAGAUUUAUACAUUUGUUUUCCUUUAUGAGUGGCACAUAUCGAACUAUCCACGUGUUUUAAUUAAUGUAAACAUAUUUAAGAAAAUGCUUCGGUCUUUGGACCCGUCUUUUAAAUGGGAUCUUUGGAGUUCCUUAUUUACAGUGCAGCGCGCGUGAGCCAUUUCACCUGCGCGCGACACCUGUUCCGCUAGCUGCUCGCGACGCGGUUCAGUCCGAUAAAUAUUAUCAAUAGAUAUGAAAGGUGUAGGGAGGUAUUAUUUCAUGUAAAUUCGUGGAAAUAAGCAGCAGACGGUGCUGAAGUCGUUGACAUGGACGCGGCAUCGAAAGAUGGGGCCGGCUUGGCCGGGUCUGACCCCAGCAAGACCGACACACUCAACUCAACAGGUUCUGCAGGGCAAAGGAGAGCUGGAGGAGCCAAGAAGCACACACAAGCUAACAAAUCGGCCCUGCGUGCUCCGAGAGCUCUGUGCUGCCUCACUCUCAGCAAUCCUAUACGCAUGGCAGCACUGGCCCUAGUGGAGUGGAAAUAUCCUUUUACCCAAUGUCCCUUUGAUAUAUUCAUUUUACUGGCCAUCUUUGCAAACUGUGUUGCCCUUGGUGUGUCCAAACCAUUUCCUGAAGAUGAUUCCAAUGCCACCAAUCACAAUCUGGAACAAGUGGAGUAUGUGUUUCUGGUUAUUUUCACCAUUGAAACAUUCACAAAGAUUCUCGCAUACGGUCUGGUCAUGCAUCCCAGCGCCUACAUCCGCAGCGGGUGGAACUUGCUGGAUUUUGUCAUUGUCAUUGUAGGUCUUUUCAGUGUGAUAGCUGAAAUGGGAGAGCACAAACCAGGAGAGGCCCACCACGCAGCAGGCAAACCAGGUGGUCUGGAUGUCAAAGCACUGAGAGCUUUCAGAGUACUGCGACCCCUGCGUCUGGUUUCCGGUGUGCCGAGUCUGCAGAUUGUGUUGAACUCCAUCAUGAAGGCCAUGGUGCCUUUGCUCCACAUCGGUCUGCUGGUCAUGUUUGUCAUCAUCAUUUAUGCCAUCAUUGGGCUGGAGCUCUUCAUAGGCAGAAUGCACAAGACCUGCUACUAUGUUGGGACAGAGCUAAUGGUGGACGAUGAUCCAACACCAUGUGCUUUUGCCGGUAACGGUCGCUUCUGUGUGGGGAAUAACACAGUGUGUCGGGGAGGAUGGGAGGGACCCAAUGGAGGCAUCACCAACUUUGACAAUAUCUUCUUCGCCAUGCUCACUGUGUUCCAGUGUAUUACUAUGGAGGGCUGGACUGAUGUGCUCUACUGGAUGAAUGAUUCCAUUGGGUUUGAGCUGCCUUGGAUUUAUUUUGUGUCUCUGGUCAUUUUUGGGUCUUUCUUUGUCCUCAAUCUUGUGUUGGGUGUAUUGAGCGGUGAGUUUUCUAAAGAGAGAGAGAAGGCUGUGUGUCGUGGUGAGCUGCAGAAGGCCCAGGAGAAACAACAGAUGGAGGAGGACAUGAUCGGCUACAUGGACUGGCUCAUUGAAGCAGAGGACAUGGAUGAGGAUGGAAAUAAACGUGCUGUGGUGGCCAAGAAAAAGAUGAUGAAGAAAUAUGGCUGGUACAAACACAGUGAAGAUGGAGAAUCAGAUUCAGACUCUGAGUUUGAAGCAUUCCUGGAUGAUGACAGUGGCUGCUGUUCAUCUAUAAUGGCACGGCUGAUGGCUAUAAGUUUCUGUGAGCAGCUGUACCACUUGAAUCUGGUCUUUAGAAAAAACUGCCGUGUGGCCGUCAAAUCCACCAAUUUCUACUGGCUGGUGCUUCUGCUGGUGUUCCUCAACACUGCCGCCAGUGCCUCUGAACACUACGGCCAGCCCAAGUGGCUCACUGAUAUACAGGAACGAGCAAAUAAGAUCCUUCUGGCUCUGUUUACGCUGGAGAUGCUGAUGAAGAUCUACAGCUUUGGCUUUCAGAUCUACUUCAUGGCACUCUUUAAUCGUUUUGAUUGUUUCGUUGUGUGUGGUGGGAUUCUGGAGACGGUGCUGGUGGAGAUGGACAUAAUCCCACCCAUCGGAAUCUCUGUGCUGCGCUGCGUCCGUCUGCUCCGUAUCUUCAAAGUCACAAGACACUGGGCUGCCCUUUCAGACUUGGUGGGCUCUUUGCUGAAUUCAAUGAAGGCCAUUUGCUCCCUGCUGCUGCUGCUCUUCCUCUUCCUCAUCAUCUUCGCUCUCCUGGGCAUGCAGCUCUUUGGUGGAAAGUUCAACUUUGAUGAAACUCAAAUGAAAAGAAGCACCUUCGACACUUUUCCAUCUGCCCUGCUCACCUGUUUUCAGAUCCUAACAGGAGAGGACUGGAAUUCUGUCAUGUACGAUGGCAUCAUGGCAUAUGGUGGACCAGUGUUUCCCAAUAUGAUUGUCUGUAUUUACUUUGUCAUUCUUUUCGUCUGUGGUAACUACAUCUUGCUGAAUGUCUUCUUGGCUAUCGCUGUGGACAACUUAGCCGGAGAUGGUGGCAAAAAGAAAAAAGAAGAGAAAAAAGAAGAUGAAGAGGAAUGGGAAGAUGAUGAAGAAAGAGAGGAAGAUGAAGCUGGUAAUGAAAUGGACGAUUGGGAAGAGCAUGAAGAGUUGAGAGCAAUUGAAGGACUUGAGGGUAUAGGCACUCCCAUGAAAGUAGAAAGUUUUCAACCCAAGGAGAAAAUUGUACCUAUUCCUGAUGGAAGUUCCUUUUUCAUACUUGGAAAGAAAAACUGUCUCAGAGUUGCCUGCCACAACCUUAUUCAUCAUCACUACUUCACCAACAUCAUCCUCGUCUUCAUCAUACUGAGUAGUUUUUCAUUGGCAGCUGAAGACCCAAUCAAAACUCAUUCUGUCAGGAACGUUAUGCUGGGCUAUGCUGAUUAUGUCUUUACCACCGUCUUCACUAUUGAGAUCAUGUUGAAGAUGACUGUGUAUGGAGCUUUCCUUCAUCAAGGUUCCUUCUGCAGAAACGCCUUUAACCUUCUGGACCUUCUGGUCGUCAGCGUGUCCCUCACCUCUUUCUUCUUGCAUUCUAGUGCCAUUUCUGUGGUAAAGAUUCUUAGAGUAUUGCGAGUGCUCAGGCCUCUUCGAGCCAUCAACAGGGCAAAGGGUCUCAAGAGCGUGAUUCAGUGUGUGUUCGUGGCCAUCCGCACUAUUGGCAACAUCCUCAUCGUCACCACUCUCCUCCAGUUCAUGUUCGCUUGUAUUGGUGUGCAACUUUUCAAGGGCCGGUUCUACAGAUGCACUGACGAGGCGAAACAUACACCUGAAGAGUGCAAGGGCACUUUUGUGGUGUUCAAAGAUGGUGAUAUGAACCAUCCAAUGGUGAGGGAAAGAGUUUGGGAGAACAGCGACUUUAACUUUGACAAUGUGCUGAUGGGCAUGCUUGCACUAUUCACCGUCUCUACGUUUGAGGGCUGGCCACAGCUCUUGUACAAAGCCAUUGAUGCUAAUGCAGAGAACAGAGGACCCAUCUAUAACUACCGUGUAGAGAUUUCCAUCUUCUUCAUCAUCUACAUCAUCAUCAUCGCCUUCUUCAUGAUGAACAUUUUUGUGGGUUUUGUCAUCAUCACCUUCCGUGAACAAGGAGAGGCUGAGUUUAAAAACUGCGAACUAAACAAAAAUCAGCGACAAUGUGUGUAUUACGCAUUGAAAGCUCAGCCAAUAAAGAUUUACAUACCCAAAAACCCCUCUCAACUCAAGUUUUGGAAGAUCAUCAAUUCCUCUCAGUUUGAGUACAUCAUGUUUGUGCUCAUUCUGCUCAACACGCUCACACUGGCUGUACAGCACUAUGAGCAGUCCAAACUCUUCAACUUUGUUAUGGACAUCCUGAACAUGAUCUUCACUACGCUCUUUACUGUUGAGAUGAUCAUCAAACUUCUGGCUCUGAGACCUUACCACUAUUUUAUAGAUGCUUGGAACUCCUUUGAUGCACUUAUAGUGGUGGGCAGUUUGGUGGACAUCAUGAUUGCAGAGUUCAGUGGUGGAGGCGGCCAUGGUGAGGGGAAAGAUGGGGAGAGCGCCAAAGUGUCCAUCACUUUUUUCCGUCUUUUCCGAGUUAUGCGACUAGUCAAGCUGCUCAGUAAAGGUGAAGGCAUUCGAACCCUCCUUUGGACCUUCAUUAAAUCUCUACAGGCACUGCCAUAUGUCGGCCUACUCAUUGCGAUGAUCUUUUUCAUCUAUGGUGUGAUUGGAAUGCAGACAUUUGGGAAGAUAGCUAUAGACGACAACACUGAGCUCAGUCGGAACAACAAUUUCCAAACCUUUUUCAUGGCUGUACUGCUGCUUUUCAGAUGUGCAACGGGUGAACAGUGGCAGCAGAUCAUGCUUGCAGCACUGCCAGGGCGUCGGUGUGACCCAGAGUCUGACAUUGAGCCAGGGGAGGAGUACAGCUGCGGAAGCAACCUGGCGUACCUCUAUUUCAUCAGUUUCUUUGCACUCUGUGCCUUCCUGAUCAUUAACUUGUUCAUCGCUGUCAUCAUGGAUAACUUUGAGUAUCUGACCAGAGACUGGACUGUGCUAGGCACUCAUCACCUCGAUGAGUUUAAACGAGUCUGGUCAGAUUACGACCCAGAAGCCACGGGAAGGAUUAAACAUCUAGAUGUAGUCACCAUGUUGCGCAGAAUUCAGCCUCCGCUGGGCUUUGGAAAACUCUGUCCACAUCGAGUAGCAUGUAGGAGACUGGUUGCUAUGAAUGUCCCUCUCCAUCCUGAUGGCACUGUGUCCUUCAAUGCCACCCUGUUUGCUCUUGUUAGAACUUCACUCAAGAUUAAAACAGAUGGCCCCAUUGACCAGCAGAACGAGGAGCUGAGAGCUAUCAUUAAAAAGAUCUGGAAACGCACCAAACCCAAACUCCUGGAUGAAGUUAUACCUCCCCCUGCAGGGAAUGAGGUAACUGCAGGAAAGUUCUAUGCCAGCUUCCUGAUUCAGGACUACUUUAAAAAGUUUCGUAAGCGAAAGGAGAAAGAGAGGAAGAAGAAAGGCAAGGACAAGUCAGCCUCUCUCCAGGCUGGGUUACGCACACUACAGGAUUUGGCCCCAGAGAUGCGUCUGGCUAUGGCGAUGGAGGAUGAGGAAGGGCUGGAGGGGGAGAUGAUGGAAGAAGAUGAGUUCUUCAGGAGUGACAGUGUCUUCAGUGAUGCUCCUCCCACACCAGUUAUGUCCACCCCCAGAAGCACCCCUAUGCCCCCCCAUCUGGACGAGACCACAGUGAGCAUUGAGCGUCCUCCUAGAAUACGCAAUGGGAGCUUAAUGCUGGAGGAGGCCCUGGUGGACUCCCGUCCGGCAUCUGCCCUAUCCGAAAACGAAGUGAUAGCUGAUCAGCCUCAGAGGUUGUCUCCCCUGCCCAGCAGGUGGUCCUCAAGUCACAGCAAACUCACCCCACUCUGGAUACUGAAUACCACCCCAAGGACUGAUACAACUAGAGCUUGUGGUUAUAUUCCUUCCCCAUCACCGGAUGGAGGAAUGCAAAAUGGGGUAGUCACAGAAGGGGUCGUCGUUCCACAAGGAGAUGGAGGACCAGUCACAGGAGGAGCCAUGGAAGGAGUCACAAGUGGAGGUGAAGGAGUCACAGGAGGAGGAGUCACAGGAGGAGCAGUCAUAGGAGGAGCAGUCACAGGAGGCGCAGUCACAGAAGGAGCAGUCAUAGGAGGAGCAGUCACAGGAGGAGCAGUCAUAGGAGGAGGAGUUACAGAGAUGUCAUACCCUGCAGAGCAAGGUGCUGUCAACAAGGAGGACCCUCAGAGUGCUGUCUCACAUGAUAGACAGUGGUUUCCUGAGGUUCCUCCGGCACAAACUGCAGCACCUAUUGGGAGCAGAGAAUGUGUGGCCCCAGUUCAGCCCAUUGACAAUAACAGCAGUAGUUACCAAGGCAACAGCCAAGAUACUGGUGGCUACAAUGGCAAUGGUUACCCUGGAAAUGGCUACAAUGGAAAUGGUACCAAUGGGACUGGUUAUCCAGGCAAUCGUUACUCCAGCAAUGGCUAUAGCAGCAAUGGCUACACUGGUAAUGGCUACACUGGUAAUGGUUAUCACAGUAAUGAAUACAAUGGUAAUGGAUACAACAGCAAUGAAUACAACGCAAAUGGUUUCGCUGCACGGCGACGCAUGCUUCCCCCAACUCCCUUAGGCCGAAAGCCAAACUUUAACAUCCAGUGUUUGAGAAGGCAGGGCAGCAAUGAGGAUCUCCCGAUCCCAGGCACUUACCACCAAAACUCCCCACCUUGUAGGGCACGAAUGCAGACAAACAACAGCUACGACUCACGGCGAAGCAGCAUUUCAUCUGGGGUUUCUUCUGCCUCUUGGGUGAACAACCAGGCCAGGCGGGGUCGUCUCCUCUACGCUCCCCUCAUUCUAGUGAACGAGGUGGGGGGCACUGAGGCAAUGUGGGGUGACACCAAUGGCAGCGCCAGCCUGCCAGCGUCAGCCCGCCCCGGGUGGAUUGGCAGUGGAAUGGCAGGUGUAGCCCAGCAGCCUCGGGCGUACACCACUCUCAGAGUGCCCUCCCAACACAGCCCCGGAUACAUAGAGAAGGGAAGCGCUGACAGCCUCGUGGAGUCGAUCCUGAUCUCUGAAGGCUUGGGUCUAUAUGCAAAAGACCCCAAAUUUGUUGACUUUGCAAAACGGGAAAUUGCAGAUGCCUGUCACAUGACUAUUGAUGAAAUGGAGAGCGCUGCAACUGACCUUCUAAGUCAAGGAAGGGCAAGGCAACCGGUCGGGCGCUUCGAGGAGGAUCUGUCUGAUGAGAUGAACUGUGUUAUAUCAUACUAAAUGGGUUUCAGUUUGUUGGGGAAAGCAGAACAUAAAUUUUCAGUGUGAUUGUGAUGUUCCCUGCAUCACAAAAGUGCAUACAUUUACCUCUUCAGAGUUAAUUAUAUUCAAUUCCUUCAGUAGAUAAGGAACUUGUGGUGACCACAAUGACUUGUAUAUCCCAAUUGCUUUGCACAUAAAAGUUUAGUAAGAGCCUAACCAGACCACAAGAUGAGCUAUAUUAGUCUAUGAUUACAAGUCCUGAAGCAAUUUCUGAAGAGACAGACUUUGUGAGAUCUUAAAGUCAAUAUCUAAAUUUGGUAAAACUUGCCCAUUUAUGAUGAAAGUAUUUGUGCUUGUGUAAGUCUUCAUUUUUCAUAAGAUUAAUUACCCUAAUAAAAGACACAAAGAGCCAA